UUAGGGAAGGGGCGGAGCCCUGGGGCUGGUUGGAGAACGCCGGAGCCUGCGCGGUGCGCCUGCGCGGUGCAACAGCGCACGUGUUAGACCCGGAAGGGCGUGCUAGGGCCGCAGAUUCCUCGGGAUGGCAACCAACAUGGAGGCGCAGAGCGCCGGAGCCGUGGACGGCUUCACCCCGGUCACCCGCAAGGGUGGCCGGCGGGCGAAGAAACGGCAGGCUGAGGAGCUCUCCGCGGCAGGGGAGGACGAGGACGCGGGCCGCAUGGAUACCCAGGAGGCUCGGCCCGCAAAGAGGCCGGUCUUCCCGCCCCUCUCCCGGGACGGGUUUCUGGAUGGGAAAGAAGAAACAAGGAAAAUUUCAGUCCCAGCUAACAGAUACACACCAUUAAAAGAGAACUGGAUGAAGAUAUUUACUCCCAUUGUAGAACAUUUGGGACUUCAGAUACGCUUUAACUUGAAAUCGAGAAAUGUAGAAAUCAGGACUUGUAAAGACACCAAGGAUGUUACCGCUCUGACAAAAGCAGCUGAUUUUGUGAAAGCCUUUAUUCUCGGGUUUCAGGUAGAGGAUGCACUUGCCCUCAUUAGGUUGGAUGACCUCUUCUUAGAGUCUUUUGAAAUCACAGAUGUGAAGCCGCUAAAGGGAGACCACCUGUCGAGGGCAAUAGGAAGAAUCGCUGGCAAAGGAGGAAAAACCAAAUUUACCAUAGAGAAUGUGACACGGACGCGGAUAGUUUUGGCUGAUGUGAAAGUUCACAUCCUUGGCUCUUUCCAAAACAUCAAGAUGGCGAGAACUGCCAUCUGCAACCUCAUCCUGGGAAAUCCUCCAUCAAAGGUUUAUGGCAAUAUUCGAGCCGUGGCUAGCAGAGCAGCAGAUCGAUUCUAAUUUCAAAUCAGAGACUUUUUAUCUUGCCUUCGGACUAGAGAAAAAGACUUUAUAAGUGGUAACAAGAAACCAUGUGAAAAAACUGUCACUUAAGCUUCAGUCCCUUCUUCAGUUCUCAGCCAGAAGUAUAAACAGAAAAGUUUGAUAGUAUUCACACUCAAUAGCUUUUAGGAUAAUUUUAAUGUCAGAAUUUAGUACCAUUAUAUUUAAACAUUAAUUAUAAUUUAUCAUUUCGUACAUUUUAAAUCACAUGUAGAUUUGCAGUUUCUAAUUCUCUCAUUUAGAGAGAAACUUAUCGUUUAAACAGUUGUCUAUGAAUUUUUAAGUUUUUUGCUUUAUAAAUUUAUAAACAUUUCUUCUCUGUGGGUUGUAAUUAAAGUACUGUCUCAGAAAACCUCUCCAAAUCAUGACCCUUAACACCGGGUGGUGUAUGACUGUUUCAGAAUCAGGUCAUAAGCAGCAGUUUGGCUGCGCUGUGUGAACUAAAAGUCCCAAUAUUUGUACCUGUUUUGCAGUUUGUAAAAUUAAAGACCUGUAUCACGAGGUUGACAU